UAAGGGCCUCCCCCAGCAGAAGGAGGCAUCAGACCUCCUCACCUCUCCUGAGUCCUCUCUCCUCACUUCACCUGAGUCCUCUCUACUGACACCAUGGGUUGCUGUGGUUGUGGAGGUUGUGGUGGCUGCGGUGGCCGCUGUGGUGGCUGCGGUGGUGGCUGUGGUGGUGGCUGUGGUGGUGGCUGUGGCAGCUGCACCACCUGCAGGUGCUACUGGGUGGGCUGCUGCUCCAGCUGCUGCCCCUGCUGCCGCGGCUGCUGUGGAGGCUGCUGCAGCACUCCCGUGAUCUGCUGCUGCCGCCGCACCUGCAGCUCAUGUGGCUGUGGCUGUGGGAAGGGCUGUUGCCAGCAGAAAUGCUGCUGCCAGAAGCAAUGCUGCUGCUAGGUGGCCGGCCUGGUUCCACCCCUGCCCAGGAGCUGUGGGAACCCUCGCUGUCUCCUGCUGGCAAGGCUCUGCUUAACCCCAUUCUGUCUAAUCCUUUUU